AGAGGCGUAGUGACCCAUCCUCCUCCUUCACAAAGAGGACUGGUGUCCCCGCUGGAGAGGUGGAUUGCUGAAUGAAGCCCUUGGCAAGGUUUUCCCGCAUUUAGCCAUGUAGCGCCUCCAGCUCUGGUUCAGACACAGAGUAUAUCCAUUAAUAAGGCACCUUUGUCCCGGGUUGGAGAUCUGUUGGGCAGUCAUAGUUUCUGCGUGGGGGUAGUAAGUCUGCAUUCUCCUUCUCUCACGCAUUCGGGUAGUUGCGGUACUUGUCAGGGAAGCUAAGGUUCUGGCCUAAAGUCACUUCCAUCUGGCUAGCCAUCACCAUCCAGGAUUCUGAUUCUGAGGGCCUCCUACCAUCCUGAGUGCAGGUCACUUGAGGAUUGGUUGCUUCAUUGGAGGCAUGCUUUCUGACAGUAUUUGGAGAGAAGCUAGUGCUCAUCCAACACCAGGAGAUAAAUGGGUCAUGCCGCUCUGCUUGGAAUCCCAAGAAUAAUUGGGAAGAAUGGAAAGUGGAACAGAUCCAAGCAUAUUAUUUCUCAGUGCUUUUCCACUACUACCUUUAAGGGGAUAGUCUCUUGAGUCACGGAACCUGAUGAUAGGGGUGACCCAUCAAUCAUCUUCACCAGGUCCAGUGUGGGUUUCGGCUGAAUGGGGAUCUGAAGUGUUUUGGUUGACUCAACAUCUAUAAAGUUGGCAGCAGCCCCAGAGUCUGUCAUUGCUAGUUGAUGGGGGAUCUGCUGUGCCUGCCCCAAACCCAGUAGCAACAGGAAAUGUGAGGAGAUACCAUGGUUUUACCUCAUCAUUGAGCCUCCACCAGAACUGGUAAAGCUGGUUGCUCAGUACAUUCAGCAUCAGCCACGAGCCGUUGGAAAUGGGUGGCGUAGGAGCUGGCUGCCCCAUGCCUCUGGUGAAGUUUCUGGAGGGCAGCCUCUGCAGAGCAGACAUUACAUGUCAUCAACCAUGGUUGCAAAGGUUUGCAGGAAGGCAUCCCAGUUGGAGAGCACUACACUGUUCUGCUCCAGCAUGGGGGAGACCCAGUUGAGCACUUCACUGGAGAGCAAACUGACUACUAGCGCCCCCUUAGUCUGGUCUGUGGGGUAUGCUUGGGGGAGGAGCAGGAAGAGCAGCCUUCAUUGGUUCGGAAAACCCUGGAAUUUUCAGUGAUGCCCAGCGAACUGUUCGAGCAAUGACACCAUGGGGGUGAUGUGUGGUCUGUGCAGGCACAUAGUGUCACAACUUCGCCAUAUGAGUGGAUGAGCUGCUUGUGUAGGAUCCGUGCUUUGGCGGUGAGCUGUGCCACCUGAGCCUACAACUGGGCUAGUUGCUCGUGCAGGAUCUGUGCUUUGAGUGCACACUGAGUAAUGUGGGUCUGUAGUGCAAGAUUCUCUGCCUGCAGAUGGGUGACUUGGUCCUUGGGGAGCCAUUGAUUGGAGGGCAGCCUGUCCCUUCCAUUUUCUGUGGAGGGGUUGGAUGGCUUUGGGAGGGGGCAAAGUUGGUCUGAGCAAACUGUCAUGACUGGGACAUGGGCGAUCAGAUCUAGUGGUUGAAGCAGGAGGAGGCCAAGUCAGGUAUUGGGAGGUCAGAGUCUCAGAUAGACCAGAAGACAGACCGAGGUUCAGCCGUUAGAAGGCAAACAGUGUCAGAUUAUCGGGAGAUUGGGGUUGGGUGCCAGGUUACAGACAGCAAUUGAAGAGCAAAAUUGAGGACAAACCAGGAUUGGAAGCCAGAGUCUCAGGUCUGUCACAAGCAGGGCCUGGAGCAAAUACAGACAGGCAAUCUGUGUGUUGCUCAGACAGUUCCCUGUCAUGACUUCCUGAUUUAAGUACUGGUACUGGCCAGUCAGUGGGCUGUGAAGCGCCACCGCUCGUGUCCUACUGGAUGAUACUUCCUGCUGAGCCUAGCCUUACAGGGUCCUCUCGGGGGAGCCCAGCCUAAACCUCUAGUGGUGAUGCAGAAGAGGCAUCAACACCCUAGAACACCCCAUGGCCUCAGGUUCUAGCCUUGCAGGUUCUUACACCAAGACUACAGUCUAUUUGGACAACACAUCUUGAAGAGCUACAGUUACAGUUAGCACUGUAUGUAUAUGAAUAUCUGCUCCAUGUAGGAGCACAGAAAUCUGCCCAGACAUUUUUAUCAGAGAUAAGAUGGGAAAAAAACAUCACAUUGGGGGAGCCCCCAGGAUUCUUGCACUCUUGGUGGUGAGUGCUGCAGCAGCUCCCAGUCCAGUGCUAGGAAACAUUCCCCCAGGAGAUGGCAUGCCAGUAGGUCCUGUACCACCGGGUUUUUUUCAGCCUUUUAUGUCCCCUCGAUACCCUGGAGGUCCAAGGCCACCUUUACGAAUACCCAAUCAGGCACUUGGAGGUGUCCCAGGAAGUCAGCCAUUAUUGCCCAGUGGGAUGGACCCAACACGACAACAAGGGCAUCCAAACAUGGGUGGGCCAAUGCAGAGAAUGACUCCUCCAAGAGGAAUGGUUCCAUUAGGACCACAGAACUAUGGAGGUGCAAUGAGACCGCCACUGAAUGCUUUAGGUGGCCCUGGAAUGCCUGGAAUGAACAUGGGUCCAGGAGGUGGUAGACCGUGGCCAAACCCAACGAAUGCCAAUUCUAUACCGUACUCUUCAGCAUCUCCUGGGAAUUAUGUAGGUCCUCCAGGGGGUGGAGGGCCACCAGGAACACCCAUCAUGCCAAGUCCUGCAGAUUCAACUAACUCUGGAGAUAACAUGUACACUUUAAUGAAUGCAGUUCCACCUGGACCCAACAGAUCUAAUUUUCCAAUGGGCCCAGGGUCAGAUGGACCUAUGGGUGGAUUGGGUGGAAUGGAAUCACAUCAUAUGAAUGGAUCUUUAGGCUCAGGAGACAUGGACAGUAUUUCCAAAAACUCUCCCAGUAAUAUGAGCAUGAGUAAUCAGCCUGGCACUCCCAGAGAUGAUGGUGAAAUGGGUGGAAAUUUCCUAAACCCUUUUCAGAGUGAGAGUUACUCCCCCAGCAUGACAAUGAGUGUGUGAUCCAUACCAAGUCUCCUCAUGAAGACCGCAGUGAGUUGGCCCUCUUCAGAGAGCUACUACAGAAGAAAAUUACAAGUCCCAGUGUACAGUUUAACAAAAGGAUCUCAGACACAACCAGACCCACCAUCUUUUCCUACCAUCUCCCCAGUUUUGUGAAGAAAGUGGGUCCAAACAUGAUUCAAACAACUGUAAAGAGUGGCAUAACAGAACUGCCCAAGAGUGAACUGCAAACAAUUAUCUGUGUAUGUAUAAGUGCGGAUAGAUGUAUAUGUGUGUGGAUAUGUUAUAUUGACAUACAUACACACACAUAUACAUAUAUAGACCUGCAGGACAUUGUAAAAUAUUAUCACAUGACAUCUUAAGUAGAAAUAAGAUAUAGAGACUUUAUUCCAUCUUUUUUUCACGUUUACAUUUUAACUAUUAAAAUUUGCGUUCCCUCUCCCCCCCCGAACUGUUCUGUGCUACGUAUAUCACUGCUUUAUAAAUUAUUUUUUAAGGUGAACCCAAAUGGUCAAUUGUUCUGAUUUUGUAAAUGUCUGCCAUCAUGGAUAGGAAUAAAAUUGCUCAUAAGAGGG